AUGAGUAGACGCACAAGUCAGGCUUGUGAUGCGUGUCGAUAUCGCAAGGUCAAGUGCAACGGAGCCCGUCCCUGUUCACAAUGCGCGCACUUGAACCUCUCAUGUAACUUUUCUGUUGCGCCGGUCAAACGCAGGCCCGGUGGCCGGGGUCACCUAGUGGCUCAAUUGCGAACGCGACAAGUCCGCACGGGCAUGGUGCAUGGAGCACAGUCUCUACCUACCAUUUCAAGGACCGAUCUCAAGGACCGAGAUACCCACUCUAUUCGGCCAGCUCCAGGGGCACAUAUUCUCCCUGUCGGUUUCUUUCUGGAACUACUCCCCCAAUUCUCGCAUUUUGUCUACCCACUGAACCCGAUCAUAUCCCCCGAUGAGAUACGGCAAUCAAUCGCCUCAAUGCAUAUCACUGCCGAUGACGAAGCUCUCGUCUAUGCGUUUGCAGCAGUCACGAUCAACCGGACACAGGCGUAUUCAACAUUGCAUGGCAGCUUUGCAGGGCUGAUGGCGAACUUGAUCCGUCACAGCCUGAAGGCAUACCGAGAAGGAGAAAUUAACGGCUACGACUGGGAAGGUGGUGGCCUAGGACACUUGCCGGUAAACAUCAAGCGAGUCAUGACGUGCAUUUUCCUCGGGAUCUGCAUGAUACCCUUCGGGCAAUUCGAUCGCAGCUUUUUCAUUCUCCGAGAAGCUAUUACUAUCAUCCAAACGCGGGAUGUACACCGAUGGCAGGCUAAUGAUGAUCCUGAAUCCCGGCGCGAGGUGGCAAGGUGGCAAAGGGUUUACUGGGAGGCGUACAUUCAUGAAAGGUCUUUAGCUCUGAUGCCCUCAUUCCCCAGCAUCCUCACAGCCCUCGAGACAGGCCUACCUAUGGCUGACACCAGCAUCCCAGCCCAUGUGGACCUGGGGUUUCGUCGUCUGAUUCACCUUUUCCUCGUCCAAGAUGAAACCUUCUUUGCCCAUUGGCGGGCGCAACAUUCUCCCGGGCACCCUGCUCCAGACAUGACUGCGGGAUGGAUUGAGUUUAAACAAGCGCAGCUUGACGAUAACGAAGUUGGUACCGCUGAGGAGGUUGCUCUCCUUCAAGCGCAGGGACUAGGGAGUCUGACCGAGUUUCAGCAGGCCGACCUUGUCAUUACAAGGAUAUGGUUGCGAACCUUGGUCUGGCAGCUCGCGCUUUCUCAUGGUCUUCUCUGCUCUGCCCCUUCGCAAAGCCCAGAGGAGAGCCUGUCUUUUCACUUCCCCGUUGAACGCCUAUCUACUGAACUAAGAAACCUGGUUGAUCACCUACAGAGUGUUGCCAGCGUUGGGAUUCAUGGCCAUGGGAUCCUUCAAAAGCUCUUUGAUAUCGUAACCACUGUGGCGGACGUUCUAACAUUGCCACUCACACCUGGCCAAGUUGAACAAUCAACUGUAAAGAGGAUGGAUGACUUUCUUAGAAUCGUGAAAUUUUUGUUACGCUUUGAAGGGACCGCUACAGAACAAAGGAAUUACGUUCGUGCAAGGGUAAAGGCUUUACAGGAGAUUUACACCUUUGUGGACUUCGGUGAAGCGAUGAUGUUAUAA